GAUGACUCAGAACGGUGCUGCGCUUGGAUUACAGGAGGGAAAGAAAGGCCGGAGAGCAAUAUUGUAGACUGUGUUGAUUUAAUUUAGUUUCUUGCCCUGUCUCACGUUUUAUUUCCUCCUUGUUUCAGCGAGUUACAUUUGAGUUGUUGGUGAAGUCGCGCUGAAGAACUUCUGCGAGGUAGCCAUGUCAGUUACGGAGAUGUUUAGCUACAUCCAGGGCUUUUUAACUGCAGAUCAAGAUAUUCGCGAGGACAUAAGAAAAGUUGUCCAAACACUCGAGCAGACCGCCAGGGAGAUUCUCACCAUCCUUCAAAGUGUCCAUCAACCAAGUGGGUUCAAAGAUAUUCCCAGCAAGUGUCUGAAGGCCAGGGAGCUGUUUUGCACGGUUCAAACCCAAAUUGGUGAGCUGAAAACAAAGUUCCCCGUGGAACAGUAUUACAGGUUUCAUGAGCACUGGAGGUUUGUUCUGCAGCGCCUUACGUUUCUUGCCGCUUUUGUGGUCUAUUUGGAGAGCGAGUCCUUGGUGACACGAGAGGAGGUGGCAAAAAUACUCGGAAUUGAAGUGGACAGAGAAAAAGGAUUCCAUCUGGACCUUGAAGAUUAUUUAGCGGGGAUUCUUAUUAUGGCCAGUGAACUGUCAAGGUUGGCAGUCAACAGUGUAACAGCUGGAGACUACGGGCGCCCUCUUCGUAUCUCAGAUUUCAUCAACAAACUUGAUUCUGGUUUUCGCCUGCUAAAUCUGAAAAACGACCCGCUCCGUAAACGCUACGAUGGUCUCAAGUAUGACGUGAAGAAGAUUGAGGAGGUAGUGUAUGAUCUGUCAAUCCGGGGCCUUGCCAAGGAGCAGGAAGCCGGGGGAGAUAAGUAGAGGUAGGAGAGGAACUAAAGAGGCCGUGGGGCAAAUACCCUGGCUGGGAUUCUCCAUGAGUGCAAGAGUGGAGACUUAACCUGCCAGUGGGCAGGCAUGUGGAGGAAGAGAAGAUCAGAUGGAAGUGUUGAAGCCCCUGUAGCCUUUGACAGUGGUGUGGAGUUUGUAGCCAGCUGUCUCCCCUAGUGGAUCGCUGUUUGGGCCUGAUUUAAAAAAAUGGGAGAAGCGGUGUUUCUCACUGCUGUUGAGAUGUUUACUCAUGUACAGUUCAUCUGUAUGCUUGGUUGGAUGUGCCAUUUUGCUGUUCUUUAUUGUUCUGUGCUGGUCAUCGCACUUGUAAAGCAUUGUAUAAACAUUGGACUUGGUUGACACUAGGAUGAGGUGAUUUUAAAAAUACUUAGUUUUCUUCUCAAUAUCACAGAGGUCUGUAAUAUAAUUGUACUACAAGUGAAUGUGGCCUACAGUUUUUAUUUUUCUUUUCUUCUUCUUCUUUUUUGGACAGUUUUUAAAUAUGUACUAAGGUGUGUGUGGGCUUAAGCCAUACUUCAGAAUUGACUAGAGGGGAGGAAAAUUAAGGAUGAACCUAAACUACACAAAACUGCUGCUUUUGAAAAAAUAAACCUUGCUUUAUAUAUAUAUAUAUAUAUAUAUAUAUAUAUAUAUAUAUAUAUAUAUAUAUAUAUAUAUAUAUAUAUAUAUAUAUAUAUAAUCUAUAUCGACAGCUUGUUUUUCUUUCAGUACCUACAGACAUAUUCACAGGAAUAGAGGUGCACAUCUGUCAGAGCCCCAAAUCUUAGACUUUGAUAUGAAGAAUAUUUCUCCUAAAAUUGUUUUGCAAGUUUAUGCUGUAUGGUGAUUGACAAGAGGAUUCUUGGAAGAGCAAAAAUAUUCUUUAAUGAAGGCGACAGUACUGCCUUAUUUUUACAAUCCCAUCAGUGUGCUUCUGCUGUCAUGACCUCAAUUAGUUAAAUUUUUCAAAACUUCUUAAUAAUGUUAGACUAUUGCAUGUUCUAUAUGGUCUGAAGACAGCAGUUUUGCAAAAAUCCACUUCUCAUAGUCAUCAAAUGCAAAGUCUUUUAUUUAUUUUUUUUUAAAUCAAUUAUUGUUUGCCUACGUUUCAUUGGUAUGUAAUGUUGAGCUAUACAUGUGAGCAUGUGAUUAGCCUGCUUUAUAAAUGUAUGCCUAAGUACUGUUUGACACAACACACAAAAGUACCUAUUUUGACUUCAACAUUAGUCCAAAGUUGUCAGUAGUAAUAAUAUGCACCUUUUUCCUCAUGGAAUGUCUGGUAUAUUACCACUGAAUUGACUUAUGAGUAUCUCUCUCUCUCUCUCUCUCUCUCUUUCUCUCUCUCUCUCUCUUUCUCUCUCUCUCUCUUUCUCUCUCUCUCUCUCUGAUGUUUCAAAACAUUGUGUAAUAAAGUGCAUCACAAACAAACCAUUUUGAGUAAACAAGUAGCCAAUGAAAAGAUCAGUUUGCUUGUUUUUGUUCAUUUAUAUUUAAUAUAAUUCACCAAUUUGUACACAUGGAAAAUAUUAAAUUAGGUUUUGUAAAUAAAGAAAAGAACAGCA